AUGACUAUCAAGCAAAAACCCAACUUCAUUGUGGUGGUAGCCGACGACUUGGGCUUCACUGAUUUAAGCCCUUUUGGAGGUGAGAUCGAAACACCAAACCUCCACAAAUUGGCACUCAAUGGCCUCAGAUUCACUGACUUCCAUACCGCUUCAGCAUGUUCACCAACCAGAUCAAUGCUUCUUUCUGGUACUGACAACCAUAUAGCUGGGUUGGGUCAGAUGGCCGAGACUGCCAGACAUUAUCCUCACCUUUUUGCAGGUAAGCCUGGCUACGAAGGUUAUUUAAAUUACAGAGUGGCCGCUUUGUCUGAAAUUUUGGAAGAUUCUGGCUACUACACUUUCCAGAGUGGAAAGUGGCACUUGGGUCUCACCGAGGACUACUGGCCUUCUAAGCGAGGAUUCCAGAAAUCUUUCACUUUACUUCCUGGUGCUGGUAACCACUUCAAGUACUUCCCCAUUGAUAAGGAGAGUGGUGGACCAGCUAACUUUAUGGCUCCGCUUUUCCAGGAAAAUGGUGUAUCCGUCGAUCCGUAUAGUCUUCCUGAGGACUACUACAGCAGUGACUAUUUCACGACAAAGUUCUUGGAAUUUUUGGGGGAUGACAAGGAAAGAGACCAGCGUCCAUUUUUGGGGUUUUUGACUUACACCGCUCCUCACUGGCCUUUCCAAGCCCCAGAAGAUGUGAUUGCAAAGUACAGAGGUAAGUACGACGGUGGCCCUGAGCAUUUGAGAAGAAAACGUCUAGACAAGGCAUUGGAAUUGGGCAUUAUCCCUGAAGGCGUCAUUCCUCAUGAAGUGAUCACCCAUAGAGACAAGGCAUGGAAGGAUUUGAGUGAGAAGGAGAAGAAGGUUGAAAGCCGGAUCAUGGAAAUUUAUGCUGCGAUGGUCGACAUUGUGGACCAGAACCUCGGCCGAGUUAUUGAGCAGUUGGAGAAAACCAGUGAGCUUGAUAACACCUUUAUUCUAUUCAUGUCUGACAAUGGCGCAGAGGGUAUGAUGAUUGAAGCUCUUCCUCUCACAAAUGCCAACUUCAGUAAAGCGAUUGAGAAGGACUACGACAAUAGUUUCGACAACGUCGGUAAGAAGAAUUCGUUUGUUUGGUAUUCUGACCAAUGGGCACAGGCUGCCACAGCGCCGGCCUACAUGUACAAGGGGUGGGCCAGUGAGGGAGGUAUUCGUUGUCCUUUGAUUAUCCAUCAUCCAAAUGUGAUACCUGAGGGGAAUAGAGGAAAUGUGAAACACGGCUUUGCGACGGUCAUGGAUAUUUUACCUACAAUUUUGGAUUUGGCAGAUGUGCAACACCCUGGUACUGACUUCAGAGGAAGAACUGUGGUGAAGCCAAGAGGUUUGUCGUGGAAGAAGUACAUUACUGGAGAAGCUGAUUUUGCCCAUGACGAGAACUCCGUCACUGGCUGGGAAUUGUUUUCUCAGCAGGCCAUCCGAAAAGGCAAAUGGAAAGCCUUGUUCAUUCCCAAGCCUUUGGGUCCAGGUAAAUGGCAGUUGUUCGAUUUGAAGGCAGAUCCAAGUGAGCGGAUCGAUCUCGCUGAAAAAGAACCCCAGAUCCUCAACGAAUUGCUUGAUCACUGGAGCCAGUACGAGGCCGAGACGGGUUUAGUGAAGUUUGGCGAUGAGAUGUACGAAAAUGCCGACUGGGACCCAAAGAUCUUGUAUCAGUAG